AUGGACAGUGUACAGACCCAUUUUGUUCCAUUACUCCCAUUCAGAAUACAUCCAAUAUAUCCCCGCCUUUUUGCGCAACCCUGAUUCAAUAGCAAUCCAUAUCCCGAGACGCGGGAAACUCAGGAUGGCGGCGGACGGACCCAAGUUCACGGUUCGGCCGCUGUCGAAACAGCCCAGAAACGAUCAGAAGGACUCCUUCCGUGUCUCUCUGUCUCCGUCUUCCCUGCUCCUUGUGAAAGCUAGACCGGGCGAUCUGUGUCGACUGGAAUCGGCAGAAGGCCCCCCAGGGACGGCCAUCGCGUGGGCUUCUGCUGAGAAAAUUCCAGAUACUGUUGUUCAGACAUCGAGAGCUGUUCAGGAUCUCUAUGGCCUUAAGCUGGGAGAAAAGAUAUCGAUUUAUCGAGAGCAUGAACCUUUGGACGAAAUAUCAGCAGUACGCCUCGAAGAAUGCACAGACGCCAGCAGAAUUUCUGCGUUUGGCGCGCUUCUGGAAACGGAUAGACCGCACUGGGAGUGGGGUCUUGAAUACCCCUUGUCUAAAUGUGAGAUCAUCGCGGAAGGGAUGGUGUUCGACUUAGACCUUAGGGGCAAUCGUAGAACCUUUAGGGUGGCCGAAAUCGAGCCUCUCACGCAAAGCCGGAGUAAUACCAUCUUUCAAUUUACUUCCCGAUCCAAGGUAUCCAUCGGACAGGCCUUGCGACGUCAGACUCUUCCUUCCUCACUUGUCGUGUCGCCCACAGGACUGGGUGGCCUUGGCCAGCAAGUAAUGCAGAUCAAUGAGAGGCUUCGUGACUUUACAUUCCAGGAGCAUAACGUGGCCAUGCCUUCAUUUUAUCGGAAUAGUGGCGGGAUUUUAAUCUACGGCCCAAAAGGUACAGGGAAGAGCACACUCUUAUCCAAACUCGGUGCUGCAGGGUGGAAGAAAGUGCUCACCAUCAACAGCUCUGUACUGAACAGAAACCGAGGCGAUGGGGAGGUGCUGUUGCGCAAGAUCUUCACCGAAGCUCUUCAGUCUCAGCCAUGCCUUAUUGCCAUAGACCAAUUGGAUUACCUCGCUCCCAAAAAUCGACCUAAUGAUUCAUCUAUAUGUUCAGCACUCUGUGAAGCCCUGGAUAGUCUACAGGAUGCAAAAGUUCUCGUGGCCGCCUGCACAAGGCACCCGAACGAUGUUGACGACAGCCUUAGAACACCCCAUCGGUUUGGCGUCGAGAUCGAGUUACCCGUUCCGACCGCUAAGGGGCGAGAAGAGAUUCUGCUAUCCAUCCGAGGAACGUCCAAUGUGCCAAAUGACCAUCAAUUAGCAAAAUUGGCAGAACGGACUCACGGAUACGUCGGUGCCGACCUGUUUUCGUUAUUGCAGCUUUCGUGUAGAAAAGCGCAGACUAGGCAAAUAUUGCAAUUGGAACAGGGCAAGUCGUGUUCGAAUGAGCAACAUAUUUCGGGACUGGCAACACCUUCGGAGAGCGGCGCUCCCGAUGAGAAUUUCCUUCAAAUCGAUGAUACGGAUAUAUCACUCGCGCUUCAAGAAACUCGCCCGACGGCGAUGAGAGAGGUUUUCCUGGAGACGCCCAAAGUGAAAUGGAGUGAUAUUGGUGGACUACAUGAAAUAAAAGAGCGUCUUCGGAAGGCGGUGGAGAGACCACUCAAAUUUCCUGACCGAAUGAAACGACUGAACAUAAGCGGCAAGAAGGGUAUUUUGCUAUACGGUCCUCCUGGUUGUUCUAAAACACUGAUGGUCAAAGCACUGGCGACUGAAGCCGGGUUGAACUUUCUGGCAGUUAAAGGGGCUGAGAUCUUGAGUAUGUAUGUCGGGGAGUCGGAACGGGCACUCCGUGAGAUAUUUCGAAAAGCACGAUCGGCCAGCCCGAGCAUUAUAUUUUUUGACGAGAUUGAUGCAAUUGCUUCGCGACGAGGCAGUAGUGCAGCUCAGGGGGGCGGCGGUGGUAUUAAUGUGCUAACGACUUUGCUCAAUGAAAUGGACGGGAUUGAAGAGCUGAAAAACGUGCUUGUUGUUGCGGCAACGAACAAGCCGGAGGUUCUCGACCCUGCCCUUAUGCGCCCUGGGAGACUGGAUAAUAUUCUGUAUAUUGGGCCCCCAGACAUGCAGGCGCGGAAGGAGAUUUUAAACAUCUGGAUUAGUAAAUCGGAAGUGGAUGACGACGUCGAUAUUGACAUGUUAGCCGAGGUGACUGAAGGAUACUCUGGAGCGGAGAUGGUUAAUAUCUGUGAAACUGCAGCCGACGGUGCCCUAGACGAGGAGGAAGAGACUGGCCAGCAGCAAAGAAUAGGAUGGAGACACUUUGAAUCUGCAUUGGACCAGGUGCCCAGGCAGAUAUCAUCGGCGGUGAUUCAGGGUUAUGAGAGAUGGAGAGACGAGAUGAAAUGAACAUGACCAAAUAAACAUCAAUUCUUCCCUCAAUGACAUGCAUAUUUUGAU